AUGGCCGAUGGGGCGGAACCAUCGAGGUUCUCUGACACGCCGACGGAGGCCGCGGCGUCGCCCGCGCCUCUAGGGACAUCCACGCCCCGUGUGGUGCCACCCUCGGCGUCGCCCAGCACCUCGAGCAUUCCGCCGCGGUUAGGUUUCUCCGCAACACCUCCUCCAGUGAGACCGCACAUGCCAGCGGUGCAUCAUUCCCAAUGGUCUCCGCAGCAGAGUUCCUGGGGCCCUGGUCCGGGUGCUCCUGGCGGCGGCGGCGGCUGGGGAGGUGAUGGCUGGGGAGGAGGUGAUUGGGGAUGGGAGGACACUCCCUGUGCCGCAGCUGCAGCCAUGUGGGCUGCUUGGGGCAAGGGAGGUCCACCAGGUGGAUUCGGCGGCCAUAUGGGCUGCGCCGGUCAGGCGAAUGUGCUGAUUGGCACGGUCAAGAGCUACAGUGCGGUCAAGGGUUUUGGGUUCAUGAUCCAUCCUGACAUUUCGCAGGACAUCUGGUUUGCAAAGGAAACCGUAGCUGCGGAGUACAGGACUUCGGACCUGGCUGGGACCACCAUGAGCUUCGAACUCUUCCGAGCACCUGAUGGCAAGCCCCAGGCCCGAAAUCUGCGCCCCGCCCCCGCGGGCGUUGGCAUGCCACCGCCACCGGUGAACCCGAACCAGCACAUGGCGGUGCGCUGGGGCUGGGCAGCUGCGAUGUGA